AUGGGAGACGCUAAGAAGAAAGCCGCCGUAGCAGGGCUGGCCUCCAUCCUCCUGGUGGCGGCCGUCGUCGGAGUCGCCGUCACCGUGUCGAAGAAAGGCCGCGCCGGCGAGAUCACCACCAACACCAAGGCGGAGGAGGGAAUCUGCGCCUCCACCGACUACAAAGACGCCUGCAGACAAAGCAUCGCCAAUUCCAACUCCUCCGAUCCCCGCGUCAUCGUCCAGACGGCCAUCGAUUACACCGUCGGCAACGUCGCCAACGUCCUCAAAAACUCCAAACUCCUAAAAGACGCCGCCGCCGAUCCCAGCACGAAGAACGCCCUCGACAUCUGCGACGAGGUCCUGAACCGCGCCGUCGACGACCUGAAACGGUCGGUGAACCAGAUCGGCAGCUUCGACCCGAGCAAGGCCGACGAGAUCGUCGAGGACCUCCGGACAUGGCUGAGCGCCGUCAUCACCUUCGAAGAGACCUGCAUCGACGCCUUCGAGAACACCACCGGCGACACCGGCGAGAAGAUGAAGGAGCUUCUGAAAAUGACCAAGGAGCUCUCCAGUAACGGCCUCGCCAUGGCUACCGACAUUCAGGGGAUCCUUUCCAGCCUCGGGAUCGGCGAUUUCGCCUCCGGCAGGAAGCUUUUGUGGUACGAGAAGAGAGAGCUCGCCGACCUGCAACCUAACGCCGUCGUCGCCGUCAACGGCGGCGGACAGUUCAGGAGCAUCAACGACGCCAUUAAAACUGUGCCGGAGAAUAACGCGAAGCCGUUUGUUAUCCUCGUGAAGGCCGGACUGUAUAAGGAAUAUGUACAGAUCCCGAAGAGGAAGAACUUCAUUACCAUCGUCGGAGAAGGUCCCGACAAGACCAGAAUCAUCGGCAACAAGAAUUUCAUCGACGGCACCAAAACCUACCAGUCCGCCACCGUCGCGAUCGACGCGGAGGAUUUCACGGCGAAGGACAUUGCGUUCGAGAACUCCGCCGGGCCGCAGAAGCACCAGGCGGUGGCGCUCCGGGUUUCCGGCGACCGCGCGCUCUUCCACAACGUGAAUCUGGACGGCUACCAGGACACCCUCUACGCGCACACCUACCGUCAAUUCUACCGAUUCUGCCGAAUCAGCGGCACCGUCGACUUCAUCUUCGGCGACGCGCUCUCCAUCUUCCAGAAAUGCAUUUUCGUCGUACGGAAGCCGAUGGACAACCAGGCUUGCAUGGUCACGGCUCAGGGUAGGAUCGACCCGCGGAGCCAGGGCGCCAUCGUCAUCCAGGGCGGCUCCAUCGAAGCCGAGCCGGCGCUGCUCGGCGCCAAGCCGCCGAUCCAGACCUUCCUUGGCCGGCCAUGGAAGGAGCUGUCGAGGACCGUCAUAAUGUUCUGCAACAUCGGCGGCUUCAUCGACCCCACCGGCUGGUCGCCGUGGAACGGGAACUUCGCGCUGGACACUCUGUACUACGCCGAGUACGGGAACACGGGUCCCGGAGCCGACACGAGCCGGCGCGUGAAGUGGAAGGGGAUACAGCGAUUUGGGCCAAAGGACGCCGAGAAUUGGGCCGCCGGAAAAGUGUACGCCGGCGACCAGUGGAUCAGGGCUUCCGGCAUUCCGUACUGGCCCGAUUUGAAAAUGAAUUAA